UUUUUAAAGGUGGGAUAUGAACCUCUUCCUCCAACAAUAGGACGAAAUAUUUUUGGGCGGCAAGUAUGUCAGCUUCCUGGCCUCUUUUGUUAUGCCCAACACAUUGCAAGCAUCGACGGGAGACGUGGGUUGUUCACAGGCUUAACUCCAAGACUGUGUUCAGGAGUCCUUGGAACUGUGGUCCAUGGUAAAGUUUUACAGCAUUACCAGGAGUAUGAAAAGGUUGAGGAGUUAGGACCUGGAAAUGUACAGAAAGAAGUCUCAUCUUCCUUUGACCGAGUUAUCAAGGAGACAACUCGAGAGAUGAUUGCUCGUUCUGCUGCUACCCUCAUCACACAUCCCUUCCACGUGAUCACCCUGAGAUCUAUGGUACAGUUCAUUGGCAGAGAAUCCAAGUACUGUGGGCUUUGUGACUCCAUAGUAACCAUCUAUCGGGAAGAGGGCAUCCUAGGAUUUUUCGCGGGUCUUGUUCCUCGCCUCCUAGGUGACAUCAUUUCUUUGUGGCUGUGUAACUCGCUGGCCUACCUCGUCAAUACCUAUGCACUGGACAGUGGGGUUUCCACCAUGAAUGAAAUGAAGAGUUAUUCCCAAGCUGUCACAGGAUUUUUUGCCAGUAUGCUGACCUAUCCCUUUGUGCUUGUCUCUAAUCUUAUGGCUGUCAACAACUGUGGGCUUGCUGGUGGGAGCCCUCCCUACUCCCCGUUGUAUUCUUCUUGGCUAGAUUGCUGGUGCGUGCUACAAAAAGAGGGAAAUAUGAGCCGAGGAAAUAGCUUGUUCUUCCGGAAAGUCCCCUUUGGGAAGACUUACUGUUGUGACCUGAAAAUGUUAAUUUGAAGAUGUGGGACAGGGACAGUGACAUUUCUAUAGUCCCAGAUGCACAGAAUUAUGGGAGAGAAUGUUGAUUUCUAUAUGGUGUGGCGCGCUUUUUUAAUAAUCAUUUAAUCUUGGGAAAAUGCAGGUGUUUGGCCUUUUUUGUUCUUUUUUUUCACAGCACAACAUAAUUUACCACUAAUAUUCUCCCUCUAGUUAUUCUGAAAUGGAACAUUUUUGCUCCAGAUCCUCAAUUUUCUUAAACAGGAAAAAAAAAAGUUGUAUUUUCCUAAAGGUACAGGCAGGUUGACAUGUGAUAUGAGUCUCAGUUUAAGCUUUUGUAAAAUAAAGUACAGUCCCAAGAAAAAGAAAUAAUUCUGUAAAACUUAAGAAAAUUAAUAAGGCUACCUACAUGGCAGGUUAUGAAUUACCUUUUCUUGGGUAUACCCUAAAAAGUCAGCAGCAUCCACGAGAGUCUCCUUCCCAUUGUAUGCCUCUGAGCAAUUUGAUUAACUUUGUUUCUUAUAUUUCAAAAAAAGGACAAUACAUUGCUAAAUUAUUACUAGCAACCUCUAUGUGAGGCAUCCAUGCCUUCAUUCUGUUAUUGCAAAGUAAUAAUAAAUUGUCACCAACAACAAAGAAAAAGUAACAAUUAUAGAGAAUAAGCAAGAUUUGGAAAGGAAGUAUAAUGACAUUUUUUUCCCAAAAGAAAUUCUUGUUUUCACAUGAAAUAAGAAAAACAAAUACUGCCCCAGUAGCCCCCUUCUCUAAGAACUUAAGUCUUUGCCAGUCCCUAAAUUACAUCAUUAUACGGUUCUAAUUGUGCAUAACCUCUUGUUCUUCAGGUUUUUUUGUUGUUUCCUUUUUAUUAUUGUUGCGGAAGAUGAGUUGUUUGAUUUUUAUUCCUGAUGAUACCCUUGGAAAGUGUAUUUGCAACUCCAUAUCUGGUAAUGCAGACUUCAGUCCACAGGGUUCUUAGGAGAGUGACCACCUUGCAUAUCAUACCCUCAGGCAUGUUGACAAAUAUUUAUGGGGGCAGGGGAUAUCACUUUAGAAGGAAAUAAAAUUCAACUCAAGCAUCAAGCUCCUAUUUAUUCAGGCCUUUUAAAAGCAAGUUAAAAUGCUCUGAAACAAGAAAGCUUAUUGUUUCACUUAUUCAAAUAAUCCCCUGGGAUGUUGCCAAAUGUGUAAGCACUUAAUUCGCUGCUUCGGAGACUUCUGUCAAAGCAGCAGCACCCGUAAUAUUAGAGUGAGCAUGUGGGGAUCUCCUCCCCCAGGGUUUAGGGAUACAACCUGAAGCUCUUGAGUAGCUUAGCUUAAAGUGUCUUUGAUGUCUGUCUCGAAAAGUCAUGUAAAUUUUAUAUACUAUUCAAUAUUAUUAUCUGCAUUUGUUUUAAUAUAAAAGUGUUUUGCAUUACCUACUUUUUUCUCCCAAAAAAACUUUUAAGUAAAGAUGAUCUAGGAAAAUGC